AUGGCUAACACCGAACCAAAGUUCAAGGCAGAGAUUCAGCAGGCAGGUUUUACCGUAACAAAUGCUUGCCAACAAGACCCUUCGAAUGAGACAAUCGCCCUUGUGGAAGAUAUCAUCAGAAACCAGGUCAUCCUGAUGUUGACCACAGCCAACGAGCUCGCAAUCCGUCGAGGGUCCCGCGUCUUCUCGAACAACGACCUCAUCUUCCAGUUCCGCCACGACGCCGUCCGCGUCGCUCGCAUUCAGACCUUUCUCCGCUGGAAGAGCGUCCGCAAGACCGUCAAGGACGACGACGACAAGGGCGCCAACCCGGAGCUCGUCGCAGACGAGGAAGUCGCCGACGAGGCCCUGAACCCCGCCGCCGUCGACGCCGCGUCCAAGAAGCUCAAGCAGCCCGCGGCGCUCCCGCCCUGGGACAUCCGCUGCAUGUAUCCGGAGGACGCCCCGGGCGGCGGCGACGACGAGGACGAGGACGUCUUUCGAGACGCGGACGACGCCGCGCUCGAGCGCCUGCGGCGGGCGGACCAAAAGACGGAGAAUAUGACGCCCGAGGAGUACGCCACGUGGUCCGAGUACCGGCAUGCGUCCUUCACCUACCGCAAGGUGAAGCGCUUCCGCGAGUGGGCCGGCCUGGGCGUCAUCGCCGAGCACAAGCCCGUCGACGACUCGCUCGAUAUCCUCGGCUUCGUCACCUGCGAGAUGGUCCAGAGGCUGACGGAGAUCGCGCUGUCUAUCCAGCAGCGGGAGCUGGCCUCCCGGUCUGUCGGGGGGGAGAGUGGGCCUGCUGCCCAGGGGGCCGAAGGCGGUGCCGGCUCGCUAUUCACUCUGCCGCAGACGGCGAAGCCGGCGGUCGAUGCUCGUCAUAUUCGCCAGGCUUUUCAUGCCACGCAGAUGGGGGCGCGCCGAAGCCAUGUCAGGUUGAACAAGAUGGCUCCGGGUGGGAGGCUGGAGCUCAUCUGA